GUUUCGCCGACCAUCAUUAUUGCCCUCUAUCGACACAUUUUGAGCCGAUUCCUGGCGCCUGUGUCCUCCAUUCUUCAUCCAUCAACGUCGCGCACGAUGAAAACGUCGUCCUUGGUUGCUCAUGUGCAUCACCACCCCGGCACAGACUCCGUUACCCUGAAGUUCUCUUUGAACGGCAUCGACCGGCAAUUGGUGCGACAGGUGGACGAAGAGCUGAGUCGUGUGCUCGUACGCAUCGAGCAUCUCGUCAAUCCCAUGCAGAAGAAACGUGGCUUCAAGUCGUCUACCAAGCAACCCAAACCUUCGGCGACGGCCGUGUCGAAAGCCGCCGCGGUGAUCCAAUUCAAAUCCGCCGACCAAGUCGUGCUUCCAACCACGUUGCGUGUACUCGACACCUUCCUGGCGGCGUCCUACUUAGAUAUCAACUCGGACACUUACCAUAUCGUGCACAACAAGCCCCGCGUGAACUCGGUCGCCGUCGUGGCCCUUCAUUUCAACUCCAUUCCGAUCGUUCCAUCUGUGGACGCCGACUUUUGCACUCCAGAGCAAUGCACUUGGCGCUGGCAUCGUGGUGAAGUGCUUGUUGGCUCCAACCAUGUUUUCACCCCAUCUCUUUGUGACGUUGGCCACGCAUUGACCAUCACAUGCAUCCCUCCUCCACCUGCCACCGCAUCCACCAAUGCCAGUCCUCCUGCUUCCGCCAUCAUUGUGCACACAGCCGCAGUCCAAGCGUGCCCUGACCGAUCCGUGUUUCACUCUCGGCAGGUCUUGGGCCGGACGACCCCUUCCGACCACAUCGUUCGACUCAUGACGUACAACAUCCUGUACGCAAAGUACGCGCGCGCGGACCGCGACUUCAACCGCAUGUACCCGUAUGCCGCUCCCGGUGUACUUCAAGAAGCUUAUCGCAUGCCGCUGGUGGCAUUAGAAAUCCUCGAAAGCCAGCCGCAUGUCGUGUGCAUGCAAGAGAUGGGCGAAACCAUUUGCCAGACGUACUUUGAGCCAAUGCUCCGGGGGUACGUUGGGCUGUACGCUGGCAAAGUAGGGUCGACCCCCGAAGGGUGUGCGAUCUUCGUGCGAACCGACACAUUCGACGUGGUUGAGUCCGACUCGGUGGCGUUCGGCGCCGCCGUGGACCUGCUGCCCCCCGCCUCCCCCGUCGCCACCUUCCUCCGCCGGCACCCCCAAGUCGCCACGGCCACCCGCCAAGUGCCAUCGAUCGGGCAGCUUGUGACGCUGCGGGAUAAGCGACAAGGGCACGUCGUGCUCGUGGCCAACACCCACAUGUUCUAUCGUGCAGACGCCAACAUUGUGCGCCUCGUGCAAACCGUGCUGUUUACGGCGGCAAUUCAAGCCAAAGUCGCCAAAUGGACGAAUGCCGAGGCGACGAAGGUGCGCGUGAUCGUGGCGGGGGACUUGAACGCGAGGCCGACAACGUCGUCUAUCUCGUUCUUGUUAGACGGUCAAGUGGGCAGCGAACACGAGGAUGUGAAACUCGCCAGGGCAUUCCGGUGGAGGGCGGAGGGGGCGACUGUAGAUGAAAGCGACGGAAUCACAUCAACCACUGCCGUGAACGAGGACGAGGCAGCGAUAGUGUUUACCCAUGGCCUCACGCUGACCCGCGCCAUCGAGACCGAGUUCACCACGUAUCUCAAGAACCACGAGUUUACGUUCCAGGACACGUUAGACUACAUAUUGGUCGACCCGCACUUGUUCAAUGUCGUCCAAACAUUUCCGCUGUUCACCCACGAACAAGUAGCAGUCGAGCAGUCGCUUCCCUCGACAGUGUUUCCGUCAGAUCAUGUGUCGCUGAUUUGCGACGUCCAGUAUACCUAAGAAAAAGCACUAUACAGUGCAGUGAAUUUGGUUCA